CUAGGCCCGGUCUCUGUCCGCCAUGUUAGAUUCACCCCGCAGGGUUAGCAGCCGAGCUGGCAGCGAACGGUCCCUGCACUGGCCACGGGCAAGCGCCCCCCGUGGGCCGAAAGCUGGCUGACCUAGAACUCUUGGACUCCGGCUCCCAUCCUGCUUCAACUUCCUGAGUGACUGGGACUACAGCCCCACCCCACAACAUGGAGCCACAGGUCACUCUAAAUGUGACUUUUAAAAAUGAAACUCAAAGCUUUCUGGUUUCGGAUCCAGAAAAUACAACGUGGGCUGAUGUUGAAGCUAUGGUAAAAGUUUCGUUUGAUCUGAAUACUAUUCAGAUAAAGUACCUGGAUGAGGAAAAUGAGGAGGUAUCCAUCAAUAGUCAAGAAGAAUAUGAAGAAGCACUUAAGAUGGCUAACAUUAAGCAAGGAAACCAACUACAGAUGCAAGUCCACGAAGGGUACCAUGUUGUAGAUGAAGCAUUCCCCCAAAUUGUAGUAGAAAAACAAGCGACUGCCAGGACAGGGAAGAAGCCACUUGCACAUUAUUCUUCAGUGGUGAAAGUCCUGGGAUCAGAUAAAAAGCCCACAGAGGAGCCUGCAGCACAGCCAUGUCCACUUCCUCCUUGUGACACAGAGCAGCCUCAAGACAAGCCCCCAGACUGGUUCACAAGCUACCUGGAGACGUUCAGAGAACAAGUGGUUAAGGAAACGGUUGAGAAGCUUGAACAGAGGUUGCAAGAGAAGCUUGUCCUCCAGAAGUCACCCUUAGAUUCCUCCCCCUCUGAAGUCUCAAUGCCUGUUUCAGAGGACACACUGUUUUUACCAGAGAACCAGUUCAGCUGGCAUAUUGCUUGCAGCCACUGCCAAAAAGGGAUCAUUGGUGUACGUUACCAGUGUAGCCUGUGCCCAUCCUACAACAUCUGUGAAGAUUGUGAAGCUGGACCAUAUGGCCAUAACAAUAACCAUGUUCUGCUAAAGUUGCGAAGACCUGUUGUGAUUUCCUCUGAGCCAUUUUCCCACUUAAAGUGUCCCACUCCUCGUCUGCCUCCCGCUCUUGAACAAGUCAGGCUCCAGAAGCAGGUAGAUAAGAACUUUGUGAAAGCAGAAAAGCAAAGGUUACGUGCUGAGAAGAAACAGCGGAAAGCAGAGGUCAAGGAGCUUAAAAAGCAGCUUAAGCUCCACAGGAAGAUUCAUUUGUGGAAUUCGAUCCACGGAUUCCAGAGUCCCAAGUCCCCUUUGGGCCGACCUGAGAGCUUGCUGCAGUCUCACGCCCUUAUGCUUCCUUUGCAGCCCUGUGCCCCAGUUAUGCCAACGCUCAGUGCAGCAUUUGUGGAUGAGAAUUUGCCUGACGGGACUCAUCUGCAACCAGGAACCAAGUUUAUCAAACACUGGAGGAUGAAGAACACAGGAAAUGUGAAGUGGAGCGCAGACACAAAGCUCAAGUUCAUGUGGGGAAAUUUGACAUUGGCUUCUACAGAGAAGAAGGAUGUUUUGGUUCCCUGCUUGAAGGCUGGCCAUGUGGGGGUGGUAUCUGUGGAGUUCAUCGCUCCAACCUUAGAGGGAACAUACACUUCGCAUUGGCGUCUUUCUCACAAAGGCCAGCAGUUUGGGCCUCGGGUCUGGUGCAGCAUCAUAGUGGAUCCGUUCCCCUCUGCUGAGAACCCCGAGAACAUUGAAAGGGGCCUGAUCAGCUCGGGCAAAGCUGAUGACUUCACCUGUGAGCAAGAGGAAGCUUUUCUUCUAGCUGAAGAAGCGAUUCCAUUGGGUGAAGUGACAAAGCAGACAGAAGGGAAAGGAACCAGCAUCCCACAAAAGACACAGAAUGUUAACAACGAGAGAGAACUGUACAUUCCAUCCGUGGACCUUCUGACUGCCCAGGACCUGCUGUCCUUUGAGCUGCUGGAUAUAAACAUCGUCCAGGAAUUGGAGCGAGUGCCCCACAACACCCCUGUGGAUAUGACUCCCUGCAUGUCUCCACUGCCACAUGACAGUCCUUUAAUAGAGAAGCCAGGCUUGGGGCAAAUACAGGAAGAGAGUGAAGGGGCGGGAUUUAAAGCACUUCCUGAUUGCACCGUAUCCACAAAGAGGAAGGCUGAGGCCCCUGCUUCAGUGGAAGAAACAGAGGAAGACCUGAGUGGGACCCAGUUUGUGUGUGAGACUGUAAUCCGAUCCCUUACCUUGGAUGCUGCUCCGGACCACAACCCACCUUGUAGGCAGAGGUCCCCACAGAGGGAAUUACAGCUGCCGACCACAGAGGAACAGCAACCGGUUGUGCUGCCUGGAUUCUGCAGAAAGGAUUCUUCCUUGAAAUUUGCCUUGCCUGAAGAAGGACCACUUGGAGAUGAGAGGGAAGAGAUUGUCCACAUUGCUGAGGAAGAAGAGGAACUCCAAGAUGAAGUUCAGAGUCAGUCUUCUGCUUCCUCCGAAGACUAUAUCAUCAUCCUGCCUGAGUGCUUUGACACCAGCCGCCCCCUGGGGGACUCCAUGUACAGCUCUGCACUCUCACAGCCAGGCCUGGAGCGAGGGGCUGAAGGCGAACCUGGGAUCGAAGCUGGGCAGGAGCUGACUGAAGCUGGAGAGAGACUCCCUGAAGGGGAGAGCCAGCCACAGGAGCAGAGCAUCAGUGACAUCCUCACAACCUCACAGACUCUGGACACUGUGCCCCUAGUCCCCGAGGUGGUCGGACUUCCACCACCACUGUCCAGGAGCUCCCCUUGUGUACAGCACGGGGCCCCAGGAGUGGAUUCACCAGUUACCAUUCAAGAAGUUCCUCCCGUCGCCGAUGAGAUCCGAGGAGAGCCCAGAGGGUCAUCAGGACUGGUAAACAGCAGACAGAAGAGCUAUGACGACUCAAGGCACCAGAAUGGGAGCAGCAUUGCUGGAGGACUGGUGAAGGGGGCUUUGUCUGUUGCUGCCUCUGCGUACAAGGCCCUGUUUUCUGGGCCACCAGUCACUGCACAGCCCAUCGUUUCUGAAGAUCAGACAGCAGCCUUAAUGGCCCAUCUCUUUGAAAUGGGAUUCUGCGACAGGCAGCUGAACCUGAGGCUGCUGAAAAAAUACAACUACAACAUCCUACAGGUUGUGACAGAGCUGCUUCACAUCAACAACAACGACUGGUACAGCCACCGCUACUAAGGACUCACCUUGUAUUAAAUAACUGCCUGCCGCUCAGAGAUGAUCUUUUUUUCUGUCGUUGAGGUGUGGGUGGAAGCCCUUGCUUGUUUUUUAAUCUGAUGAAUCUAUAUUGAGUGUCACUGAAUUGUCAAAACAAUGCCUGUUACAGUAUUUUUUGAAGCAAAUCAAAGACCAGAACUUAAAUUUUGCUUUUAGAAAUGGGAUGAGUGGGAGAGAGUUUUCAGCUGAUGUGGACAGAACGCUCCACUUUCGUGUGUGGAAGUGUAUUACUUGGACUUCCUGGUGACUGCUUUUCCUUUUGCUUGUACUGAAGCUGAGUAUUUUCCUUUGUUCCAUGUGGCUGUUUUUAAUGGGCUCUUAAAUGUUAGUUUGGUUUUUAUUUUUUAAAGAUUAACAUUGACCAUUUUCAAGAAUUAUUCUCCUAAUUUCUAUAACCAACUCCAAGCUUCAUAGCUACAUAAUCUUAAAGGACAGCAGAUGAAGAAAGUCAUUUCCCUGUGAGAUUUAGUCAGUAAGUAACUUGGCAUUCAGAAGAACUCCAUGGUGCAGUUGAGUGUCCAUCCGCCUGGCAGGAACCUCGGAGGACAGAAGGGCGUGCUAGUCCACCCACCAGCACCUAUCGAGCAGUGUUUGUUGGAGUAAUUUUGCAUAAAGUUUUAUUUAAGGAAAAACCCUAGGUAGUGUGAAAUAUUUGGCUAAUCCAUAUAGAGAAGGGAAAAACCCACCUGUUAGGUAGAUAAAGGGAAAGGUAAAUUUAAGUCAUCUUUUUUGUGACAACAGAUCUUUAGAACAGACACGUGCAAACAUUCAUCUUGGUAAGGUUCAGGUGUGGGUAAGGACACAAGGAAAUGCUGGUGACUUCUGAAUGUUUGUAAUCCUCUUCUGAAGUAUCCAGCCCUAGAGAGACAGGAAGUAGUGGAUGGGGCUAACCCGCCAAAAGCUUAGUUUAACUCUAAGAUAAAUGGGAAGAAGCUUGCUUGCAGAAUUCUAGGUCUCAUUUAGUUUAUCAAAGAGAGCUUUGGGUACUGGUGGUGAAAGAGGUAAACAAAACACUAAAGACUUUAUUCGUGGUAAGAGUUUAAGAGGUGGAAUCUGGACUCCACCUCAAAGGGGAGAGAUAGUUAUAUAGUAUUAUUUAACUUAGUUGAUAUUUAUAAUAAAUGGCGAUCUUAAUUACUCAUAAUCUGUAUUAUUUACAGUCUAACUCUUGAAUGCUUCUAAAUAAAGCACAAUUCACACUGCAAGCCAACUAGGAUGUUUAUUAUUUAAAACGUUUUCACGGGGUUUGGGGUAGACGCGAAGCCGCAUGGUGUGGGUAAGGUGGGAUCCGGAGUCGGCCCUGUCUUGACCAUCUGGGUCCAGUCGUUCGUUCCGUUGUACUUGUACAUAGCCACUUAAAGAAUUGUGAAUAAAGGUUCUUUGAAACGCU